AUGUUGUCCAAAAAUCCCGUAUUUCGAGUAGCUCUACGAGGAGAAACCCUCCUUACCAGUCCCCGAUGGAACAAAGGAACCGCGUUUACCAACAAAGAACGAAAAGAAUUGGGUCUAACUGGCCGAUUACCCCACAGAGUCAACACAUUGGAUGAACAAUGUCAACGGGCUUACGAUCAACUCCAGAUGCACGAAAAUGCGAUACGAAAGAACACAUUUUUGCAGAGCAUGAAGGAUCAGAACUGGGUGUUGUACUACAGUUUGAUUUCCAGACAUUUGCGGGAGUUGGUUCCGAUUAUCUAUACGCCUACUGAGGCAGAGGCGAUAUCCAACUACUCUCAUCUUUUCAGAAGAAGCGAAGGUCUUUACCUCACGAUCUCAGAUCAAGAUACGCUGGAGAAGACCUUUUGGAACAGACAAAAGGGCGGAAUUUAG